AUGUCCGGGCUAUCUCUCUCCAAUCCCCCACGGAAACGUCCGCGUUCAGAGCAACAUCCGAACGGAUUAUCGCAACAUCAAUCAAAAAAGCAGAAGCUUAGCAAUUCACCCAGAUCUCAAUCACCACCAGGAUUUUGGGACAACCUGUCAAAAAUCUGGUUAACCAAAGGCGCGCUGAGAGAGCUAAACCGAAGAAACAACCAAACUGCUCUAAUCCCAUAUGAUUCGUGCUGCCGAAAACCUCAAAGGCCACUCACUCGGCAGCUUCUCGCUGAGCUGAAGAAAACACGCCGAUGUACCCAGUACGAUCCUAAUUUUCCCAACAAUUGUGCACCGGAUAUUUUGAAGGAUAUAAAACAGUUUUCCAGGAACGGUGGUCCGAACCUGUCGGGUUUAAGAGGCUACUUGAAAUCUCCAGAUCCUCUUGAGCAUACGAUGAACUCCAGCCAGUCCAGUUCUCAGGGUCGAAAGCGACCUGCAACAUCUGCUCCAUCCAUAAAAAGCAGAGAAACGCAGAGCACCGAAAUCACCAAAACCACCAGCACCACAGCUUAUAAACGUAACUUCGAACAGAAACUAAUCGAUCACGGUGUCUAUCCCCCAGAAUACGAGUAUCCUAAUGGUCAGAUCCCGCCAAUACCGAACAACUGGGGGGACAUUAAUGAAAGAUUAGUCAGACCUCGACCUUCUCUUUCACCAUCAAAAUUUUCUGACAAAGAAUUCAAAGAAUUCAAGAAGGCAGAUGCACAUGCAUCUAAAGAGCAACCAGUAACGGUCUCGGUGAUUCCAAUUAUUGAAGGCAAGAUGCGUGACGCCAAAUGUGCCGGAGGUGGAUACCCAUUUGGAAACCUUGCUCCCCUGACAGACGGGACUCUUGCCGCUGGUAAGCCAGAUCAUUUCUACGGAGCUCGACCUGAACAGCUCGACCGAAAUAUUCGCAACGAGCUCAAUGAUCUUAUCAUUCCUUCGACACAGGACAGUCUUCCAAUGGCGCCAAAUUUCUUUCUGGAAGCAAAGGGACCCGAUGGGUCUGCUGCUGUAGCUAGAAGACAGGCUUGCUAUGAUGGCGCGUUGGGUGCUCGAGGUAUUCAGAGUCUUCAGUCAUAUGGGCAAGAUAACCCAGCCUAUGAUCACAAGGCUUAUACUAUUACAUCAACAUACCACGAUGGGACGCUCAAGUUAUACACCUCUCAUUGCACGAAGCCAACCGAUUCUGGAAAUCGUCCUGAAUAUUUUAUGACUCAACUCAAUACUUGGGGCAUGACUGGCAAUGCAGAUACCUUUCGGCAUGGAGCUACUGCAUAUCGAAAUGCCCGUGACUGGGCGAAGGAAGCGAGAGACGCACUUAUUGAGGCUGCGAACGGAAAGGUUCCAGGAGUGUGUACAGAAUCUCAGUCUUUUGCAUCAUCUGGCAGUGGGACAGUUUCUUUUUCAACGGCUGGCCCAGUUUUCGUGGAGUCUGAUACUUCAGCUGACGAAACGGACUCUGAGUAUGUGGACGCCCCGCAAUGGAGCUUUACAGAUCAUAUUGGAGACGAGGUGGAAGAGGGAGAUGGUAAUACCCUAGAAAUAGGUAGGGGACAAUUCAAAAGGCAAAAGUUGGAGGCAAGAAAAUGCCACGUCUGA